GGGUUAUUACUAUAUUAUAUUAGUAUAUUAGUUGUAAAUAAAUUUGGGAAUUUUAAAAUAAUAUAUGAGUUAAAGGAAGAAAUUUAAGAAAAGGGUAGGGACAUAUUAGUUUUGCUUUUACCUGUUCAUUUUUCGGACAUUGUUAUCUUUGUCUUGUUUGCUUUUUUAUCAUGUUUUUUUGUUUUUUUUUUUGGUUCGAAUUUAAGUAAUUAAUUCAGUCAAAACGACAAUAUUUGCCAAUUAAAUACAGUAUAAUGGGAGGAUAAAAGGGCCAAAUUCAAAUAAAGUAACUCACAAUAACACGAGUCUGUAUUUUCCACCUGUAACUGCCUUUUACAUGAGCUAUAAAUUAAAAAUCUCCCCUAUUACAUAUGUAUUUGUAGUUGAUUAAUAAUAAGUUAUGAAUGAAACCUAUGUUUGAAAUAGCUGGCCAUUUAUAUUUGUGCAAUCAAGCGUAAUAAAGAGCGUUUGUCAAGUCAAAUAAAGGCGGCGUAAUUAUCGCUUCGACUACUACUAGCCGUGUCCCUCCUGAGACACCGUAGUGAACGCAUGGCCCUCGGGGAUCAUGUUGAAGGUGACAGGUAGUGCAAUGCCGGGAGCUGUGAGUUUGUUGCCGAUCACCGUGUUCGCUGCUGCCGGUGACGGGGCGACAGAGACGACCGCCCCUUUGCUCCGUGAUGAGCUGUCGUUAUACACCGCUGCUCCUCAGCUGAAGUCUCAGUAUGUGGAGCCUGAAGCGGGUCGGCUGGAGCAGAGUGUCGCCACCCUCAGGAAGUUAACAGAGCCUUACACGGGUUGGUGUCAGGGCACUUACAACAAAAUUAAACCCAGAGUUCAAAGCGCUGUGAAGUGGGGGAACGACACCUAUGCCUACUUGAAGGACCCGCCAAAGGACUUCUAUCCCCGGGCAGGAGUUAUCGGCUUCACCGGUGUCCUGGGACUGUUGCUUGGCAGAGGCUCCAGGCUUAAGAAGCUCAUCUACCCGGCGGGCCUGAUGACCGUGAGCGCCUCCCUCUACUACCCGGAGCAGGCUGUGGCCAUCGCAAAGUCAACCGGAGACUCCGUGUACGACCGCGCCGUGCAAAGCUACGCCGCCCUGGAGAAGAUGGUGCAGCCUCAAAGCAAAGCUGAUAAGGGCACUGACUCAGAGACUAAACCCUGAGGAUACCUGUGUGACUCUGCAACAAAUCAGCAAUAAGAAAUCAUCAGCUCCUUAUACAGUAGAUCGACGUGUGCUACCUAGACAGGCUCUAAUCUGUGUGACUUUCUCAUGCCCACUUUUUGCACUAAGCUUCACAUGUAACUCAGGCCGGGCAUGGCCUGUCACGAGGGGUUUGCAACUUGAAUGAUUUACCUCUGCUUCUGAUUUGAAUGUAUAUUUAUGUAGAGAAUUAAUAUAAAUCAACUGUCUUGCUUUUAAGUCUUUAGACGUGAUGAUUUUAAACUUUUCCAAGUGUUACGGCCUUGUGUGUCAUUAACACUGUCAAAAAUAAAGUUUUAUGGAAAUUAAGAUGAAUACAAAUUACAGUUGAAACAGUUGCUCAAAUAAUAAACAAAUAGAAAAAUUAA